CACCAAAUUUCCCCAAAUCGAACCUAGACUCUUUCUCUCUUCAGUCUUCACCAUCGUCCUGCCCUGCCACCGCCGUCGCGACACGCCGCCACGACCACCGCCGCCUGGCACUCGCUGCCCAGCCGAUUCCUGAGACCCGCCUCCUCUACCUCUCGUCGUGCUAACGGCCAGCAACUCUCAGUCUCAUCUCUCUACCUCUCUUACCCUCGUUGUCGGCCUCUCUGCCGUCACUCCUGCCUCCUCCGAUCUCCCGUGGUUACACAGCCUCACAUGCUAAGCAGCAGACAAUACCCUUUAUAUUCUAUUCAAACCAUUUUUAACCCAAGCCCUAAAUCAAAAUCAGCAGCCCCUAUCUCCUCCAACCAAAAUCUGCGCAGCCCUAGUUAUUGAAUGUAUGUCUUCCAUAAAAAAUCUCCGCCCAUCGUUACUGGUGGUCCGAGGAUCGGCGAGCCGAUGGUGUUCUACGGCCGGUUCUCUUCUCAACUCCACAUAAUCGAGGCAGGAAAGGGGGAAAGCCCUAAUUCUCCUCUCAUCCUCUAUCUGUCGUUUCGGCCGUGAGCUUCCGGUGAGGCCGCCGCUGGGGUUUCCGGGCAGCGUCACUCCUGAUUAUGUCCCUUUUCAAAUAUGGGAUUCAUUGCAGGGCCUUUCGACUUAUGUGAGAACAAUGCUUUCCACCCAUGCUCUUCUAAGUGCUAUUGGGGUUGGUGAGAAAUCGGCCACAGUUAUUGGGGCCACAUUUCAGUGGUUUCUAAGAGAUUUAACUGGAAUGCUUGGAGGUGUUUUGUUUACAUUUUACCAGGGGGCAGACCUGGAUAGCAAUGCCAAAAUGUGGCGUCUUGUUGCAGAUCUCAUGAAUGACCUCGCCUUUAUUCCAGAUAAAGAAGAAGAAAAGUGAUGCAGGAGAACCAGUAAAGUACAUGGGCUGUGGGGACUGCGAGAAUCUCAGUAAAGUACAUGGGCUAUGGUAGCUUGGGAUGGCUUGAGGUCAAAAGACGACCAGAGAAUCAUAGCAGGUUGAUUAACUAGUUCUUGAGGACUUGGUGCUAGAAACAUUGUAUGAUAGAUUUUUGUUUUAGCUAUAAGGUAGUUGGUAUUUUCAAUUUUGAAUCGGAAUAUGCCAUA